GAGCCCCACAAUAGGCGAGGCUGGGGAGCCGCGCGGUCCGGGAACUUUCCCCGGGGUCGGCGGAGGCUCGACCCGGCCAUGGAGGAGGGGGCUAGCGCCGCGCCCCCGCUCUGGAACUGGGACUACCUGGAGCGCUGCUUCGCCCGCCGCCGCGUCUGCAUCUCCUUCGGCCUGUGGAUCUGCGCCGCCUGCUGCUGGAUCGCUGCCCACACGCUGAUUCUCUACCUGAGAUGCACAAAGAAGUGUGGCCAAGACCAGUCGACACUGUGCGCUGCAUUCUGCCUCCUGACGAGUCUGUGUGACACCGUGGGGGCGAUUCUGGCCAGGCAGCUCACGAUCCAGGUAUUCACUGGGGCCUACCUAGCAGCUGUAGACUUCAUGAACUUCAUGUUCACUCUCUUUCCUGUCUGUGGAUCCAAAUCCAAGUCAAAGUCCGGUCAGAGCAGCAGGGAGAGGAGGAGAAGGCAUCUUAGAGCCAGUGUGUUUGCCCUGACUCUGCCUCUGAGCCUGGGUCCAGGCUGGGCAAUCUGGACUGCUCUCCCCAAGGCUCCAGCCCCAGUCCGUGGGCCGCAACGAAGGCUGCUGGGAAGCCUUCUGCAGGAUAACCCGGAAGUCUUCGGCUACCUGCUGGGUACCAUUGCUGCCUUUGGUUCCUGGGCAUCCCGGAUCCCUCCAUUCUCCAAUAUCUGUCGGGGCAAGUCACUCUCCUAUAUCCACCUGUGGACCCGGUUCCUGUCAGCUCUGGCUGGUCUCCUCUACGCCUCGGCCAUCGUGGCCCACGACCGGCAGCCUGAAUACCUCCUUCAGGCCACACCCUGGUUCCUGAUUUCACUGGGCCGAGCUGCGCUGGACCUUGCUAUCAUCUUUCUGUCCUGCGUGAUAAAGAGCAGGAUGAGCCGAGCCUUCGACUUUGCUAAGGCUGAAGCCAGAGAGGGUGCCGACACACAAGCCCUUUUGACCUGUGCAGAGAAGGAAGAUGAAAACCAGGAGGCCAGGACCGAGGACAAGAACUCAGAUUGGGUGCCUCUGACCAGCCUGUCCCACUGCAAGCCCCUGAGGACAAUGACAGCCAUCAGUCGCUACAUGGAGCUGACCAUCGAGCCUGCCCAGCAGGCAGGCUGUAGCGCCACCAGGCUGCCCGGUGACGGACAGAUGAGCACUGGAGACGCCUCCUUGCAGGAGCCUCCCUCGUACCCUCCCAUCCAGGUCAUCCAGGCCAGAGUGUCUUCCAGCAGCUCCUCCGAGGUCUCCUCCAUCAACUCCGACCUGGAGCAGAAGUAUUGGGAAGCCCUAAACUCGGAGCAGUGGGACCCUGAAGAUGUCAACCUUGAAAGGGAAAAGGACGCAAAACUCCUUAGAUCGCAGGUGCGCAGGGCCUCUUUGAGCCCCGUGGACUUGGCUUCUGAUGACUAACAUCUUCAGGAGCCAAGCCAUCAGCUCGGAACUCAAAGUCAGGCGUCUGUCAGUGACUAGAUGGGGACCAACCUCGGAGGCCACCCAGGUCAGGAAUGGAAGCCACGAUAGAAGCUCCCCAGGGAGUGAGGAACCCUGAGCUGUCACUUAGCUUGGCUAGUCUACACCACAGCUCAGAAUGGAGCUGAGGACCCUGGGGACAGAUCUGCACAUGCCCAGCUCACAGACGGAGCCUGUUCGUAAAGAUGAGCUUUCUUCCAAAUGACACGGGAUCUAUCCCCACGACGAGAUUCAAGCAUAAAUAUUGUUUGCUUAACAACGGGAUCGAACUCACCAAGAGCUACCAUUUGGAUCCCAGCGGAAUGUAUUCUUCAAGACUCAACUAAGCGCAGGUGAAAGAGUGGGUCCACCAGCCUGGAGACCUGGGUAGAUGUACAGGAACUGGCUUCUGCCUUCCAGGUAGCAGAUCAUUGGCAGGACAAAGGCAACUAUUGCCUGCUCUGCAGUAGCAGAACUCCCUCCAGCCUGGCAAAGUGUAUGCUGAGGCUGGGUGACCGGGUCUCGUGUGCUUUAGCGGGUAGCAGAAAGCUUGGUUUGCGUACGGGCACAAUGCGAAGUACGCUUCCAUCCUUGGGCAGGCGAUUUGAGGAUGAUUUUAAUAACGUGACCACGAGUGAGGGAACGGGUAAAGGGAAUGAGGCCAGGCAGGAGCGAUCACUGGGGUGAAUAAAUUUUGGUUGAAUGGGUUAACAAUGUCUCACGGUGGAGAACAGGAGUCCGUCAGAAUCCCAGCCCAGAGGGCUGCCUCGAGGGGACCUGGGAACAAUGCCAAGGCACACAACUCUGCCCGCAGCUGGCCCAUGACCCAUCUGUGACUCAGCGGCAGCUGCCCAGCUUCUCCUGAGGGCAAGUCCGAACAGUGUGAAGGAUGGGGUGCCGGUGGAGAUCGGUUGGUCAUGCAGGUUUCUGCAUGGUUCCUAAGCCCCUGGGUGACCUCUAAACUGGAAUUCAAAGCCACUUUAUCUGCUCUGGGUCCUCCGUUCUCUUUGUGUGGUGGCUUGCUGAAGUCAGCUUUGCUCUGUAGUCUUAACCACUGUGAGGAGUGGACCUCGGAGGGUGUGGGGAAGUGGAACAUUCCAGCCUGGAACAUUCCAGCCCAGAACACUCCAAACUAGAGGCAGGGAAGGGUGGAAAUCUAGUCAAGGAAGGAGAAACCUGACGUGGCCGGCAUGGCUGGUGUGACGUAGUUUUGUAAGGCGAGAGCUGGAAAAGAACCAGGCUCUUGGAGGUUAGGAAGUUAGUGCUGAAUUCUGUAGCCAGGCAGGAGGACACCAGGGCAGGAAGGUGACCGACUUGCUCAAGCAGACCACAGUUAGUGAGUUUCUCACCCCUGACUUUUCAUGAAGCAGAAAUGUCGUCGAGGGUGCAGAGUAAACGUGAGACCAACGCUUAAAGUAUGUUCCUUAAACAAACAAACAAACCAGGGACUGUAAGAGGCCAAGAAAGCCUCAAAAUCAUGGCCUUCCUACCUCUCAGCAUUGCAAGUGCUGGGAUUUACAGGCCCCAGCAACCGUGCCCAGUCUUUCACUUUAUCGACGAGGAAACAUGUUUAAAUACGGUAUCCAAAGCAUUGGCCUCACGAGCGGAAGUGGCCACAAUCCAUGAUAAUGAAGGCCCUGCUUAAACUCCUGCAGUUUGAGGUAUGUUGCCUGCCCGAGAAGUCUGGAUGAUUUAAGGAGAGCUCUUGUUACUAAGUUCUCUUCAAAGUUUGCCUGGAGGGCUGAGGCUUAGCUGGGCGAACGCUUUCCUAACAUGUACAAGGCCCUGGCUUCCAGUGCAGCAUAAGGGGGUAGGAUGAUAGACACCCGGAGUCUGGGAAGUGGAGGCAGCAGGAUUAGAAGUUCAAGGUCAUCUAUCUUUAGCUCCGUAUCGAAGGUUGGCGUGAGAUAUAUGAGACCCUGGGGGUGGGGAGAGAAAACAACUGUGCAGACCAUGAAGAACUAAUCCUCUUAAAUCCAUCCAGUCACUCCAGGAAGAGGUCAUGAGGACCGUCUGAUGAUCCUUGCACUGCUGUCACGCUGAGAAAUGAGUUACUAGUCUAAGGAAGCUCUGUGUGCAGGAAGGAGCGUGACUGUCUCCUGUGCCGGGUCUGAAUAAGUGUGCCGCCCUUUCCCUGCUGAGUCACAGUGUCCCCCGUCUAUAAGAAGAAAGUCCAAGCCUGGUGGCUCACCCUUGUUGGGAAGCUGGGACAGGAGGGCUUCCACGUGUUAAAGGUCAGCCUGGCUACUGAGACCCAGUCUCAAAAGACCCACAAACCAGGCUGGGUGUGGGGGCUCAUUCCUUUAAUACCAGCAUCUGGGAGAAAGAGAGAGAGAGAGACAGAAGGAUUUCUGAGUUCUAUGCCAGCCUGGUGUACAGAGUGAGUUCCAGGACAGCCAGGGCAACAUAGUGAGACCCUGUCUCAAACAAAAAAAACAACCACCACUGAGCUGGGGGUAGAACUGCAGGUCGAUGGUAGAGCACUUCCCUAGCAUGCACGGGACCUUGGGUUCCAUCCCUAUCGUGAAAAAAGUUAUACUUCCUUUUUUCUCUCAUGACUAUGCCAGUCAGCAGUUCACACAUAAGACUAACAUCUUUAUACACAUCCAGAAAGACAUGCUACAUGAAGACGAAUUUCAUAUACACCUUGAAAAUCUGUUUCAAUUUAUUUACUUAUUAUUAUUUUUUAAUUGAUUAACUGGUUGGUUGGUUUUCCUGAGACUGGGUUUCUCUGUGUAGCCCUGACUAUCCUGGAACUUGCUCUGUAUGGCCUCGAAUACUGAGGUCCACCUGUCUGUGCCUCACAAGCGCACUUCGAUUAAAGGCGUUCGCCACCAA